AAAGCGCCCUGAGGUCCAGGCUAAGCCUGGUAUGCGUGGUGGUGAAGUUUGCUGUGCGGGGUUGUUGCGAGGUGCCCAUGCUGGAGCUGUUGUCGGAUGCUGGUGCGAUCUGCCCUUGCUAGCGGGAUGAUGUGCGCUUGCCCGGCCCGUUUUAGUGCAGUGUCGGCAGCGUCUGAGAGUGCGGUGAACAAUGUUCAUUAAGAAACAGCACGUCGACGUCAGGAAGUCGGCGCAAAAGGUGCUCGAACCCAAGCGAGACUCCCUCAGCCGACUCAAACACCUUCGGGUCUACCUAGACAAUGUGGAAACUGCAGAGGCGAAGACGUUCUUUGAGAUCAACUACAGCCACAUAUACUGCAUCUUUCACGAUGUCUUUACCUCAUUGGAGGGGAUGCUUAGACAGAGAGUGCACAAGACUCAAAAGGAAGAGCUGGACAAUGUGAAAUACAUAUUUGAGAGAAUUCUGGUGCUGCUUCCUGAACUGCUGGCUCAGCGAUGGCAGUGGCACAGUGUCCGCAUCAUCCUUCGAAAAUUCCUGCACCCAGGAAACUCCUUGAGGCUGCGCAGGGAGGGCGUGCGUUUCUUCCUGCUAUGGUACCAGAUCCUGGGUGAGGGUGCCCCUGCUGACGUCCACGCCAUGUUUCUGCACCUUGUGCCAGGGCUGCUUCCAGGCUCCCCACCGCCAGUUCCUGCUGGCUCGGGCAGGUUUCCAGAGCCAUUUCAGGACUCCACAUUCUACACGUCAGUGGAAGCCGAUUCUGGCCCUAUUGUUCCUUGCGAUUCGGGACCCCUGAUGCCUCCGCAGAGCGGUGAAGUCCAGCCAGAGAACCCGACUGUAACAUUUCUGGAGUUCCUCAUGGAAUACAUGGUCACGCAGGUGACAAAAAUCCAGUGGUCAGAGGCCCAGGAUGAGAGCCAUCACAGGUGUUUUGAGUUUCUCUUUGAGAAGUUCAAGAAGCACUUUUUGCCGCACAUCUUCCCGGACUUUUGCUACAGCAACAGCAUCUACAAGCCAAACCUGGUGUCUGAAGGUUAUCACUGGGUGUGCACUUCUCUAGAGCUGCCCUCGCUCCGCAAGGACAAGAAGCUCGCCGCUGCUGACGCCAAUGCUGCCGCAGUUGCGCCACAGUGCCGCAGUGUCGUGGUGCAGUGGGUGGUCAGCCACACACAACCGGCGAAGCUACGAAAGGAGGACGUUCCCGCAGCCAGCCGGUCAAGUGACCUGCACCAAGCAAGAAAGCAAGACCAUAAUGAGCCUGGUUUGGAGAAGACAUCUGCACCAUCUGGUAGUUCUGGAAGCACGCCACAGAGCACCCAUGAAAUCCACUCAGUGACCUCUGGGUCGUCCUCAGCACCAUCACUGACGAUCGGCAGCCUCACAGAGCGAGACUCCGAAAGUCAACUUCAGCAGACACAGCAGUCGCCACCGGAAAGUGGCCACCGAAGUCUGCGGCAGAUUCAAGUGGUCCGGAAUGUGCUUUACUCAAAGCGUGAAAAUGUGAACCUGGUCCACGAGGUCCUGCGGCAAGCUUUCCUGGCUCCUUUUUCACAGGCGCACACCACUAAAAGUGUCAUCUGCACCUACAGGGACUGGAUACAGAUGGCGUCCCCGGACAUGCCGCCUUUUCUGGUCGAUUCUGAAGGGAAAGACAACAAGGAGGAAAGUCGCAACGAAGUAUCAGAGAUGAGCCUGAGUGCAAGUGGAGCAACUCCUGCGAAGAAGGAGAAUGUCUUUGCUGGAGUUCAGAACAUGUACCAGGUGUUCAUCACCAAUGCUGCAAAUGUGUUCCUUCUCGAAGUUGGGCCUGACGAAAAGACUUUUCUCGAUGAACAGGUGGAACUGUGCAAGCGAGUCAUGAACAUAUACCGAUACAUGGUCAUGAAAAGGCACAUGGAGAAGGCAACAUGGGAGCAGCUGUUGGUGGUUCUCCUGCGCGUCACCUCGCUUGUGCUCAAGACGACUCCGCCGGCACGCAAGGAAGAUGUCUUGGGAGGCAGGCUGGCCCCUGCGCUCUUCCAGACCCUGAUUGUCACGUGGAUCAAAGCGAACCUCCAUGCCACCAUCUCUCUGGAUCUCUGGGAUGGUUUUCUCGGGGUAUUGUCUUCACUAACACAGUGGGAGGAGCUGAUCCACGAAUGGGCGAAAACGAUGGAGACGCUCACCAGGAUUCUGGCACAGCACGUGUACCGGCUGAACCUCUCAGACCUACCGCUGCAGAGGGAGCAGCAGAACAAGAGGCGGCGAGGACUCAAGCACAACGCAGGCAAUGCGCACGGAGGCGGUGCCACUGCAAGGACGAGAAAUGACGUGGGCAAAGGGGACGACGCGACAAUGGGCGGUGGGACCACAAACGAAGCGACGUCGAUGAUAAGCAGCGCAAAUGGCUCUGUAGCCGGAGGCACGGCCAUACCAUUGCUGCGUGCUUCGCCGACCCUGGCGGAAUCGCGAGAUGGGGGCCGCGAAACGGGCGUGCCGCUGUCGCCUCGACUGCGCACUGCGAGCAUGGGUAGACAACUCAGCAGAAUAGAAGAUGAUGACAGGAAUUCUGACCGAGCUCGAUGCAACAGUGGUGAUAGUUCCUUACCAAGCCACCAUGGUGACCGGGCUUCAGAGAAGCCACCACCUGUUGUACGGUGUUACUCUGAUGGCCACCUUCUUCUGCACAAAGUUGAACGAUUACGGCGCAUGAGAAGAGCACACGCUGCUCCUGCUCAGGACAGGUUUGACAUUACAUCAGUGUCUUCCGACACAAACACUCAGUCGGAUGGCCGGCUGUGCCCACUCGGCCGGAGCAAGUCUGUGGAUUACUUGUCCCUAAGAGUUGAAUCGCCAUGCAUGUCCCAUACGUCAGAGUACCGAAGUCGUUCGCCGUCGCCCACGCCAUCUAGUGGCUUGGAGAGCACUAGCAUCAAGGACUCGCCCAUCCAAAUCGAGGUCAUCGUCACGAGCAGCGAGAACACCUGCAACUCAGCUGAUGUAGGUCCGGGCGCAGACCGACGCAGUGUUCUGGCCGGUGGCAGUGUGAAGGGCUGGUUACCCGAGGUGGCUGUUGUCUUGUGGCGGCGGAUGCUGGGAGCCUUGGGCAAUGUGAACGCGAUUCGCGACCCGGUCAUCCACGCCCAGGUCAUGGAGCACCUCAUCGACCUAUCGGAAACACUCAUUAAGAUGCGUGACAAUCUUGGCAUCACGGAAGACAACAUGACCACUCCUCCUCCUCCAACGCUCAUUCCUCCGCUUCUGCUGAUUGCACCAUGGCUCUUUGAGGCGACAGGUCUUCCCGAGGGCUUUGAGAAGGGAAAGCUGCUGGCGUUGCGGCUUCUGUGUUGGCUGACAGUGAGGCGCCACGACAUUCCCCUCUCCUUCGACUACCUCGCUCGCUUUUACCGGGUGCUUCACGCAGGAUUGUUGGGAGAAGACCAGAAGGUUAUCAAUGCCAUUGUCAAGUACUGCGGGACCAAGUUUUUUGCAAGCAGGCUCCCUGGCCACACUGUGCUCCUGCUCAACUUUAUUCACGGUGCCAGCACGGUCGUCAAUUCCAGUGCUAUCAAAGGGAUGCCACGUGUUGAAGCAGUGACGCUACUGGGCAGCCUCGUGUGCUUCCCGAACGUCUACAGUGAGCUGCAGGUGCUGCAGUGCACACCAUCGGAGCCUCCACAACAGGCAGCAGCUGCAAGCAUAAAGGAACUUAUUGUAGACUUGCUGCUGAAAGCAGGCAAGACAGACCCUGAUGGAAUGGCAAGGUGUACAGCUUUAAGCUCCCUGGGGAUCUUUGCCUACGAGGAACUUGCCCACCAAACAGGCCAUCCCAAGGCUCGGGAAGCCAUCGGAGUCCUGCUUUUGUCCAUAAGGCAUCACAACCACACAAUUGCGCAAGUUGCGGGCGACAUGCUGCGAUUGUUAUGUGACCAUGCGGCCUACCUCACGGGACAGAUGGACCAGGUUGCUGGGAUUGUUGUCGAAGUGGUAGCAUCUACGAUCCACAACCUUCUCCCCAGUGAUGAUUCUGAUGUAAAGGAGGAGAACAAAAAGCUGGUGCUAUCACUUCUCUUCUGCUUGGCUGACUGGUGCAUGAACAUUCCACUACGUGCCCUGACAACACCCCAGGCUGAUGGCUGCUCCCCACUUCUGUCCACUUUAAACGUGUUGGACCACAUCCUGACUGGCAAGAGCCCACUGCUGCGGCCGGACGUCUUGUCCCUGCUGCAAGCACUCUGCCCAAGCAUCGUCCUUGCAGACAUUGAAGCACAGCCGGGUGAAGGCCAAGCCAAGGCGCCUCACUCCAGCACCUUGGCCCACCUGCCUGGGGGUGGAAAGAUCGCUCGUUCCAUUGCAAGUUUUGUGCCGCCGGCUGUGCUUCAAAAUGAUCUUCGGAAGAGUGGCAACGUGAAGCUUGCUGCCAGAAUGGUUUUGAUUCACCUGCUUCAUCAGCUUGGCCACUUCCCAAUGGGACUGGGUGCGGCGCAGCUUACCAGUCUGGUGGCAGAGCAGGAUGAUGUGCCCGCGCUCCGCGACAGUGAGCUGUCCAAGGAGGUCUUCUCAGCACCCAACAUUCAGCUCUUCGUCCUCAACAACAUGGCCAUACUGUCGCUUGUUGAGAUUCCCGCUGAGGAAACUUCUGGAGGUGCUGCAAGUGUGGGCCUCACAACGGGCAAGUCCCAAGUGCGAGCUAUCGUGCGUGACCUGAGUGGGAAAUUUUCUUGGGACUGUCUGACACUGUACGGACCUCAUGGCUGCCGUGCAGGCUCCUAUCCACCUGGACCUGUUCCUGACCCGUGCCUUCACUACACCACUCACCGUGGCCGAAACCUGGACCUUCAGGAGCAGCAACGCUGCCAGGCCGAUGCUGCCACCCGAGAUUCGGGGCGCCGAAGUCCCCUUCAUCGGCCACCCGAUCAACUACCGCUGCUGGAAAAUACGCAGGACAACUAUGACAACCUGGAUGAUCUGCUGCAGUACAUUGGGCACACAAGCCCCGAGUGCGUGCAAUUGCCCUGCCAGCGGCUCAACUCGGCACCCAAGGCCACUGAUGAAUUGGCAGGCAUCCGCGAGGCCGAGACCGUCCACCUGCUGCUCAACCAGCAUUCCCAGGAAGUCCAGCAUACUGCGCAGGCUGCCUACAGCUCAGAGAUGCUGGCAAAGGCUGCUACCCCACCCAAUCCAACCGAGCCACUGUCGCCGUUCCAGUACUCACGGCUGCUUCUGGAAAACUUCAACUUCUUCGCAUGGGAAAAGAGGCCAAAAUUUGACCUUGUCAAGAAGAACGAGAAGCUGCUGCGAGAGCUGCGGAACCUCGACAACCAAAUCUGCCGUGAAACACACAAGAUAGCUGUGAUCUAUGUGGCAGAGGGCCAGGAGGACAAGAACUCUAUAUUCAUGAACAAUACUGGGAGCCGUGCCUUUGAAGAGUUUGUUGCAGGUCUGGGCUGGGAGGUCGAUCUGGAGGCGCACACAGGCUACAAUGGUGGCCUUGAGACCAACAAGAGCACAGGUAGCACUGCCCCGUAUUAUGCCACCUCAUUCAUGGAAGUUCUCUUCCAUGUGUCCACGCGAAUUCCUGCCAUUGAGAAGGACUCCAUUACAAAAAAGCUGCGUCACCUGGGCAAUGAUGAAGUGCACAUUGUGUGGUCUGAGCACACGCGAGAUUAUCGGCGUGGCAUCAUCCCGACGGAGUUCUGUGAUGUGCUCAUUGUAAUCUACCCACUGGGGAACUGGCUCUACCGCGUUCAGAUAAACCCCAAGCCGGAGGUACCAUUCUUCGGCCCCUUGUUUGAUGGUGCCAUUGUGGACCACCUGGUUCUGCCAAGGCUGGUUCGGGCAACAGCCAUCAAUGCUGGCAGGGCUGUCAAUUCGCUCAAACCCAUGUUCCGCACAUACUAUGAGCAGCGAGCGCAGGCACUGGAGACAAUCGUACAGAACUACAAAGAACUCACAACAUUUGAAGAUUUUGCCUCCAAGGUUAUGGCCCCAGCACCUGCCAAAAGCCCCCUUGUGCUCCGUCGAUCGGCUGGCCCGUCCGGAUCAGAGGGAGGCUCGCCUCAGCUGGGGUCAACGCUGGCUGCUGCGCUGCUGGACAGCGACUCACCGUCAAUGCAGCACCACCACCCACGCCCCCGGCCAGCCACUGUGUCCAGUUCGGCCGGCGAGCAGGGUUCGUUCUCCUUCAGAGAGCACCACGCCAUUCCAGCUUCACAGAGCCACAGUUCAUCACCUGUGCCCAACUGAUGCGGGUCCCAGCCAUUGUUUUGCUUUGUUUUCUGCCGGGUUUUCGAUUAUUUUGGCUUCUCUCGACCAGCUCUUUUCUGUUACUGUUAUUGCUAUUAUAUGUUUUAUAUAUAUAAUAUAUAUAUACAUAUGACGCAAGUGACCUGCUGUUCUGAUGUGCACCUCUGGAUUUGCUACAGGACACAAUGUUUGUGCCAUCGGCAGCCAUGUGCUUUUGUUACUAUCUCAUGAGGAAUGUGUGCUGCACCUUGACAUUUGUGAAAGGGAGGCAGGUUGUGUUAAAACUCUAUUCACAAUUGUGGCAGAGGGCAUGAAAGAGCCAAUGGUGAAUGGGCUUGCCAUAGCUUGUGUGAUGAUUUCGUUAGCCUUGCGGCACACAUUAACGCUCUUGCUGUGUCAAGAAAAUGCAUCGCUCAUGUAUUUGACCUGGCUAUUUGGGCUCUCUGCUACCAGAAGUACUGUCUAGCGCUUUUUUUAAUGGCCUUUGUUUAGUUAUUUUUUCAUUUCACUGUAGAGAUGAGGUUAUGGCAACCUUGCACUUUUGUUCGGAGGUGUCAAACAAGUGUACUUGGUGAAGUUGUCCAGCCGUAGUUAGUGGUGUGUGUCAGGCACAAGAAGUACUACAAGGUGUUACAAAGCACCAACACUUUUCAGUAAUCGUACCGCUUGCUGGAUCAGGAAUGUCAAGCUGUUAUUGCAGCGCACUUGUACUAUGCUCCACUUUACAGUGGCCAGCUGGUACAAUGCAAAGGCAGUGAAAGUUUCAAAUGUCUUCCAUAGUCAAAGUGCUAACUUUAAUUAGUGUGCUUUAAAUAUGCAUUGUAGAGCAGAAAUAUCUGACUUGGACUGUCACAUGAUUGCACAGCUCUGCAAGUGUGUGCUUGUGACCUUAAAAAUCUUUUCAGGUCUGUGCAAAGUUGUUAAGUGCACUUUCUCAAGUGCAUCUGCUUACAUGCAGAAAUUUAUAUGUCAGUGCUAUCGCUAACAGACUGAAGCCUUUGUGAGCUAAUGAGCACCAGGCAUGUAUAGAAAAAAAUUCAACAUUUUCUUUUACUACAUAGGGUUAUUCUUUCUAGGUAAAGCUUUGUGGAAGUGCUUGCUAAUGAGGUAGCAGAACCUCGUUCAUACGUCUUGGGGGAAGAAUGCUGGAAAAACAUACUAAGUGGGAAAACGUACGAUCCGAAGUCACUAAAAAAUUUUGCAAACUGAACUGUAGUUGGCAUUUACAUAAUGCUAAGUGCUGCGUAAAAUGUUGCAGCACAAGACGCCAGUGUGCGCCGAUCUGGUGGGGAUCGAGCGACCCAUGAUGUGCGUUGUUGUUUUUGUGGCUUCGGCAAGCUUACGUUCGUGCUCCUCGAAUUCGGCCUGGAAUCGGGAGCUUCUUCGGGUAGAGCAUUUUGGCAGGAAGUUUUGACGUGCCCACUCAGUGAGAAUCAAAUCGUUAAGGCACGAGACGCUGACGCGCGUCAAGCUCACGGGGCCCGAGCGACCCGAGGUGCACGUUGUUGUUUUAAAACGGCGAUGAAACACCGAAACAAAAUCAAGCUGGUAAGCAACACUGUAAUACAAAUGCACGAUGCCACCAGAAAAGCAAAGCAUGAUGCUCACUUCAUGCCGCCUGCAGCAGGAAACACGGUGCAUUCGAGCUAUUGCCUAUUAAAUGUGUGCGGUUCGCUUCCUACGCCACACGCGCUAUAAAACAGAUAGAUGAAUAUGCUUAUCGCAGUGGGUUGCCGGCGAUAGCUCUGAAUGGCAACGUGCAAUGAUCCAUGAAGAGAUUUGCUGGUAUUGGAAUAGGAAACCGAGUGUGUGGUGGCAUUCUCGUGUGACAUGGGUGGGUACUGCAGGAAAGCUGCCGUUGAGGGUGCCUACUGCUCGAUCGCACGUGUGCCUCGCAUCUUUUGUUUGCAUGGGAUCUAGUGGGCGUAAAAAGUAUUAUACGAUCGCAGUUUAGCGAGAUACUGAAUGUCGGUGCCGAAAGAUUGUGUUUUACGAGAAGGUAUUGACCGGUAAAAAAGAAGCUUAACUGUAUUGGGUCACUUUUGUGUUGUCGAUCGUGAACGUUGGUGUUGGGAAAUCGUAUGAAAUGGGAUCGUAUCAAUGAGGUUCUGCUGUUGUUUAUUAGGUGUAGUGAUGAACUGAGCAUCAAGCACCAGUACAAUGAAGGCGGCCAAUGUUACUAGCUUGUGUGUUCCUCUAAUUUUGCUACAAAUUUGCUUUAUGCUUUUUUUUUUUUUUCUACAGAAGUGAUAUUGAGGGUGUACUAGUGCACUAUUGCUGCCUUGACAAAAGCAUUAGUAUGUUAGCGGGGAUGCAAUGAAAUUUGUAUUGAAUUCACUUCUAUUGUUGUAGACUUUGCCCCCUAAAUAUUGUGCUUGCACUUGACCAUAUGCAAUCACCUUUGCGUUCUGAAUGAACAUAUGAGAGAAAGAAAUUGGUAACUUUAGUUUUCAGAUCAGUAUUAUACAAGAAGUGUUAGCAAGAAGUUACUUAUUCCAUUACUGUUCACUUUGGCUUGGCUCCAAAGUGAAGUAGUUGAGUCAUUUGGGUAAAAAGUUGCAGCGAGUGCUUUUCUGUGAACGCUUCCCCUAUGAAAAUAGCGCUGCACUUAUUUGUGCAUUCGUUCAUGGAUUGCUAGGUUUUGUUACAUUAGUUUGUUUCAGUGUGUCAUACUGUGUGGCUGAGAUUUGAGGUGGUGGUUCUGCAGAUAGCGUCCUAGGAAGCAUGGUGUAGCAUUCACAUUUUGAUGGGCAGCACUCUGACACGUUUUGGAUUUUAGUAGUGCUGUGUAAAUAGGCUCACAUAUUGAUAGGUGUUUGUGCACAUGGUUUUGCAUGGUAUGUAAGUGCAACUCUUACUCUAGAUGAAACAGGGGCCAAGCUUACACACACACACAGACACAACAAAUGUACACACACUUUGCUCACACACAACAGCACCUUGGAACACUUGCCAGCAGCGUCUUGCCACCUAUUUUUCAUUCAAGGGUAUAGGAUGACAAACUGUAUGCUGUUAAAGCUUGUGUCACUGUUUGAACGGAACUAUGCUUGCAUUGCACAGAUGGUGGAAAUUGUAUGCAAGCGUUUCCUAUCAUGCCCUCAAUCACUGUACUUAACUAAUGUCGUGUCACAACUCACUCGAGACGAAUGCUUCAUUGAUAGUCGGAAGUUGGCACUGUGUCCUUGUACAUAAUGUAAAUGCACAUUUUACAGUCGCUGUAAUGUUCCCCAGUUUCUCCGUAUUGCACACAGAGUGGCUGAACUGUGACAUGAGUACAUUAAACGUCGUCCUCAAUCUUGCGUUCCUACGUCUGGCCGAGUUUCAAGAAGCUCAUUGCUUCAGAACAAGGAAUCCGAUGGAGAUUGAAGCCACAAGAGGUGUUUUUUUGUUUUGUUUCCGUCUUGCCAUUGCAAGUCUGUUUGCCAGCAUCUCCGCUGUUGAGACAUAGCAUACAAUGUAACAAGGUGCUGUUUUAGUUACAAAUGUACAUAACUCUCUGUGGGUUUCAGCAGUGAGAACAUCGAGAUGAGGUGACUUUUACCAAAUAUAACGACUUGUGGGGGCUGAGGCUUUGUGUUGAAUGGAAGUAACUAUGGCAAUCUCCUGCACAAUAUUUGGGUGUUCAUUUUAUCGACUGUGGCCUUGUGAGGUAAGAGUGAAAAGGCAUCGAAUGCAAUUUGCAACUGAUACAGGCAACUCUUUGAAGCUCUCUACUCGUGCUGUAUGCAAAGAAAUGUGUAUGUUGCUUGCACUGUUCAAAGCUAAAGUUCGCAGCCAUUUUCAUUCCUUGAGUUCCAAUGUGUAGAAUUGAUUCUCAUGCUUAGAAUACAGGGCUGGUAGCACCGUAUUGUAAAUGUGAGAAAUUAAUGGUUCCAAAUUCAACAGCAAAGAUCAAACAGUUUCUAUAGGUUCAGGAGCAGAGCUCCCUAGGCCCUGCUGGCAAGCACAGUGCACAACCUGCACAGUGUUUUAUCGUUGUUCCACCCGUUGAUAUUGUGAUCAAUUGCAACAGCUUAUUUUGUUAGAUUGGGAAGCUUAUCACACUAUGCCACUUUGCUUGUAGCUGAAGAUCUGUAGAACUUUAUUGUGUGUUGCUUUUCAAAGUUCGAACAUUGCACCACCUUAGAGAAGUAGCAACUGUGCCAUCGAAUGAAGACUAUUUUUUUCUAGCCCUUUGGCUGCGAGAAAGAAAUUGGGAUUGUAUUUCUUGGUGUUUAAGAAUGGAGGUAGAAAGAGAGAUGGACAGCAUAUGCAUAAAAUCAAGAUUGUAUAUAAAAUAUGUGCAUGCAUGGCUUGCCCAUUUUGUCUCUGCCAUUUCACGAGGCUUGUUUUAUAACUUAUCGGGGUGGCUUGCACUACGGUGUUAAUAUGUCGUGGAUUAAAGUGAAAAAUAAAAGGAAAUUAACAAGUGCUUUCAAAGCAA